AUGGCUCCUCCAAAGGGAGGAGGACGGAAGAAAAAACCAAAUGAUUUACUUCCAAAGCUUGAGGGUCACCGUGAAGGUCCAAAGUUCAUAAUCCUCAAACGCGUGGAUGGAUCUUUCGAAAAGGUCAGUCCAAUCAUCAUUCAUAAAGGGAUCAAAACCAUCUGCGGAGAACCACUAAAUACCAUCAAACUAAGGGACGGAACGCUGCUAGUAAAAACCAAAAAUAUAAACCAGGCCAACCAACUUCUUCGCUGCAAGAUGAUGUUCGAAAUGGAGAUUACAGUCGAAGAAAACAUCAAAUUAAAUCAGACAAAAGGGAUUGUCACGUGUGCUGAUCUAAAAUACGCAACAGAAGAGGAAAUCCUGGAAGAACUGCAAGAACAAGGAGUAUGCAAUGUAGAAGUCAUGAAGCGGAAGAAGGAUGGUAUAUUAAUAUCUACAAACAGCUAUAUUCUCACAUUUAAGUCCAAUGGAAUCCCUGAAAGCGUGAAAGUCGGAUAUCUCGUUCUGAGUGUUCGUCUUUUUAUUCCCCGACCGCUGAGAUGCUACAAGUGCCAGUACUUCGGUCAUUCAUCCAAGUUUUGUUCAAAAGAAGAGGUAUGUAGUAACUGUUGUAAGGUAGGUCACACAUCCGAUCAUUGCUCAGGAGGAACACUGUGUCGAAACUGUGGAUCUUCAGAACAUGCAUCAUGGUCCCUUAAAUGCAAGGUUUUUGAAACCGAACAGGAGAUCACGAGAAUUAAGGUAACCGAAAACGUGAGUGUCAGGGAAGCUCGUCAGUUGUACAAAAUCAGAUUCCCCAAUCACACCAGCACAUACAGUGAAGUAGUCAGCAACAUCCAGGAAAAGAACUCAAAUCUUAAAUGUACAGAUGACAUGCCAGUAGUUCCAUCUUUAAAUCCCCUCUUACCACUACAACAAAUGGACACUCAGUCUGCAUCGACAAGUACAAUGGACUCUGGUCCAGUUGUCGAUGAUAAUAAUAGAGCAACUAGUAUGGACUAUCAAAUAGCAAAGAUUUCUCGUCCCCUGUCACCAGACACGGGUGAUCUCAACGAGUAUGAAAAUGAUAUCAAGAGAAUGAGAAAUACCCAAUCAUCCUUGAGUGGUAGUAGUAUUGUAUCUGCUGAUGGAGCUUCUCUCUCUAGUAAUGGAUUAUAA